AUGAAUAAACAUUCUGAAACCAAUCCUUCUAAUUCUAAUGGACCUAAUAUAAAUACUCAACCAACUAUAACUCUUCGAAGAGGCAGAAGUAAAGGAAAGAUUAAUGUAGCAAACGAAACAACUAACAACAUCAAUUUUAAAAUCAAUAAUUCCGGCACUUCUAAUUCUAAUGAAACAAAUUUAAAUACUGCAAAUGCUCGCCCUACUAUAACCCUUCGAAGGGGCAGGAGCAAAGGAAAGAUUAAUGCAACAAGCGAAAAAUCUACUAACAUCAAUUCUAAAAUCGAUAAUGACGGUACCUCUUAUGGAACAAAUUCAAAUACUGCAAAUACUCAACCUACUAUAACCCUUCGAAGGGGCAGGAGCAAAGGAAUCAUUAACCUUACAAGCGAAAAACCUACCUCUAAUUCCAAUGGAACAAAUCUAAACACCACAAAUAUCCAACCCACCAUAGCCCCUCGAAGAGGCAGGAACAAAGGAAAUAUUAAUUUUUCAAGCGAAACACCUAUCGAUAUCGAUUCUAAAACCAAUAAUGCCAGCAAAUCUAAUUCUAAUGAAACCGAUGUAAAUACAACAAAUACCCAACUUACUCUUCGAAGGGGCCGGAGCAAAGGAAAGAUUAAUACAACUAUAACUGAAGGUUCAUCUACUUCUUUAAGAAAAAGAAAGGCAGACGAAAAUGAACGACAACAACAAAGCCAAAAACGUGGCCGAGGAAGGCCACGAAAAAAUAUUGAAUCUCAGCUAAAACAAUUACCUCAGCAAAAACGAAGUAAUUAUAAGGAAGGUGAUGAUGUGGAAAAAGAAGUUCCGUUUAGAACAGGAACACAACCUUUAUUGCAAGAGCUAGAAGUAUCAACUGGUGAAGAGAAUGAGGUAACUCUACACUCAGUUAGAGCGAAAUUGUAUUGUAUGGAUGGUUCAGUAUGGAAAGAAAGAGGAGUAGGAAUACUAAAGCUUAAUUAUUCGAGAGAUAAUGAAAAAUCUCCACGAUUAGUUAUGCGAACUGAAAAUGUUCUAAGAGUGAUCUUAAAUGUUUCCUUAUUUCCGGGAAUGCAUGCCGAAAGAUCACAAGAGAAAUUUGUAAGAUUGAUUGCAUUUGAGGAUAAACUCGUUCAUUUAGCUGUUAAGGUUUCUGACGAAUUAUAUGAAGCUAUAAAAAGUGCAAUACCUCCUGCUCAAGAUCAAUCACCUCCUCCUCCUAGAGUAAUUUCGGAGAUGUCAUUUUAA